ACGUGAAUUGCCGCACACAGAGAUAUCGGCGCCAUUUUAUUUCUCGUCACUCGUCACUCGCUCAAUUUCUAUCCGCUACUCGUUGCCCCUGGCACACACGCGUUUUCCAAAUCGUGCUUUUUUUCGCUCUCAGUUUAUUUUUUAGUGUGCGAAUUAAACAAUUCAAUCAGUUAAGCAAUCAAUUCGCGAUAUAUAUGUGCUGGUCAACAAAUGACAAAUGCAUCUAAUGCCCUAGCUUUGUGCGCUCAUAAAUUAAAUUGACUUGGCGUGCGAUUGUAUGCUUGUGUGCAGUGUUGCAUUUUGUGCGUGGACGGGGGGCCGGCUAAAAUCCAAUGAUGUCCGCAUUUGAGGAUGGCCAACAACAACCACAAGAAGAACAGCAACAACAACWAACUCAAACGCCGCGCACUCCACUAAGACUUACUAAUGAAGCCGCUAACAACAAUAACACCAGCAGUAGCAGUAGCAGUAGCAGCGGCAGCGGCAGCGGCAGCAAAACCAACAGCAAUAAUAAUUCCAUCAUGGGCAAAGUAAAAUUACGCGUAUCUAGCAUACUUCCGGAUUCGCUGAGCAAAUGGUUCUCACCCAGUGCUGCUGCUAAUGUAAAUAACAAUGCCACGGAACAAGAAUCCUCAACAUCAAACUCACCGUCGCAGUCGCAGUCCCAACAGUCAACGGCUCAGCUCAAUGGCAGCGCCUUGCUGACCACAGAAUUCAAACCGAAGCGCAGUCGUCGUCGCAUACAGCUGGAAGCUGAUGAUGCUGGUGAUAAUGCCGUUGAUGACGGUACCAGUGCGCAGGAUCUGAAUGAAGAGGAAGUCCAGCUGGCCGAUAAUAUAGCUGAACAUGAUCUGGCCGGCGAGGAUGAGCAGACGCGUCGCAACGAAUAUAAUGUUAGCCUUCUGCGUAAACGUCAAUUGAUAGCCAGUGACGACGACGACGACGACGAUGAUGAGGAUGAGGAGGGCGAGGACGAGGACGACGAUGAGCUCGAUGAGGGCACACAGCAGAAUAACUAUCAAAUGCAGCAGGCAAAUCGCAGUGUUAAUUAUCGCAGUAGUGCGGCACAGCCGCUACAAAAACGCAAGCGUAUUGAGCCAACUGAAACUCCGUUUAGCCCUCAGUUCAGCGCCCAACAACGUCGUCCCCCACAGCUGCUUUCCUCGACGCCCGCUAUUAGCGACGCAGUGCGCAGCCACUUGACACCUCAUCGCUUCUCGACGCAUUUGAACCUGUACGGAAAUCAGCGUCAGCGCGAGCCCGCCUACAAUUUCAUGUCCACCUCGGCCGGUGGCAGCAACAGCAACAUCGGCAACACCAACAUCAACAACAUCAUCAACGAAGCAGCUGUUGCCACCAGCGGUGAUUUGCCAAUGAGCUCGCGACGCUCGUUGAAUAUUGCGCCAAUGACUGAACGCCGCGAGACGGCGCUGCCCAGCUACAAGCGACAAUCGCUGCUGGGUCAUCGCGGGCUGACGACCAACUGGCGCAGCUAUCAGACCAUCAACGAGGAGGCACCCAACGAGGAGCAGCAGCAGCAGCAGCAGCAGGCAAACAAUAAUAAUAAUAACACUAUAAAAUUAACUAAACGUAGCACAGAUUUGCAAUCUGAAUGCGAGAGUAAUGAGAGCCAGGCAGCGGCUGGACGUAUGCACAACAACAACAACAUCAGCAGCUACAACAACAUCAUCAAACAGAAUAACAAUAGCAAUAGCAACUCGUUAUUUUAUGGCAAUUUACAGAGCCGCAAAUCGGUAUUCAAUCAAAAUGUGGCGUCAUCAAUGCUGCACCAGAAUCAACUUCAUCAUAAUUCAACAUUAUCGCUCAACUCAUUGAAUAAUCGUCGCCGUUUCAAUGCCUCCAUAUAUGGCAGCACAUCGGCAUUGAGCGAUAGCCGACUGUUAAGCACUACCAGCAGCAACAGUAACAGUAUCCUAACUGGGAACUCACCAUUCUAUCAGGGACCCACCGCUUUUGGCGGCAGUUCGGCAAACAAUCGUUGCUUUAGCCAAGGCAAUUUGACAAACAUUAUCAAUUCUGGUGGCAGCUCGCCGGCGGCAUCGAAUAGCGAUAGCGUUUGCAGCAACAGCAAUCAGCAAUUGUUCUUGGGACGUCAUACAAUUGGCGGCAACAUUGGCAGCUACGGCAUGAAGCCCGUCGAGAUGCGUCCCCGUGCCAAUCUCUCUUCAAUAGGCGUUGCCAAGGACAGCAGCGGGCUCAAUGUGACUGGCCUGUCGCAGACAGCUCAACGUAUACUCAAUCUGCUUGAGAAUCAUCGAACGCCUCUAAUGGAUGCCAAGAAAAUGGGCAGCACGUUGCGUGAACUUAAGAUGCAGCGGACCUCUAGAAAUUUGAACAACGCCAGCAUCAACAACAACAUCAGCUGCAACAACCAUAGCAAUAAACCGUACGCCUAUCCAAAUCAUUCGCGUGCUGGCACCGGCAACAACAUCACCAUCUGCAACAGCCGCAACAGCACCGCUGCCGAUUUGGAAUGCAAGUCCAACCUGUUGGUGCCGACCAUGUUGCAAUUGCUUGAGCGUCGUCGCUUGACUCGUGUCUCGGGAAGUACACGUACUUUGGUCGAUUCCAUGCAGCUGGAGGAGCAACAGAGGCUGCAUCAUCGCCCACAGUCACAGCAGCAGCAGCAGCAGCAGCCGCUGCAACAGCCUGCAAAUGCGACACCAAACAGUUUCAAUAAUAGCAACAAAUCAACGAACUCGGGCUCGGGGACCCAGAAUCAUACGAAUAAGAUGCGUUCACGUCUAUCUCAUCAGGUGCGCAAGGAUGCGCGCAGUGCAGAGGAGCAACAGAUGCCAGCGCCAAUCGAUUUGCCCAAUAUUCGUUUCCCGAUGAUGGCCAAUGAACCGAAAUUCGAUUUGAUUAUUGCACCGCCGGGUGGACUAGCAACAACUUCAGUCGCAACUCAGCAACAGAAGUUGCCGAAGCUCAACAACGGCAACAACGGUAGCAGUAGCAACAAUCGUCGCCGUCGUUUUCAAUUUGCAUCACCGAUUCCAGUUGUAUGCGCCGAUCCUACCGAGGAGUCACCACCACUCCAAAAACGCGCAAAGCAAACAGCAUAUAAAUUCUCGGAGCCGCUUCCAUUGGAUGCGCCGAAGCAGAGCGCUUCACCAAAAGCGUUGCAGUUCAAUGGUGAGUCGACAACAACAACCAUCAGCAGUAGCAGCAGCAGCAGCAACAACAACAACACCACCAAGAACAGCAACAGCACUGAUUAUCAAUUGCCCAAGCCGACAGCAACAUUUGGAUUUGGUGAUCAGUUCAAGAAAUCCGCCAGCGAAUGGGAGUGCGAGGCGUGCAUGUUGCGUAACAAGCAGGAGUUGCACAAAUGUGUUGCCUGCGAAACACCAAAGCCGAAGGCAAAGACAGCAGCAGCAACAUCAGCAACAGAAACAUCAGCAGCAGUAGCAACAUCAGCAACUGCAACAUCAACAGCAGCAACUGCUAUGCCAGCAGUAACACUCGGCUUCAGCGGCUUUGGGGAUCGAUUCAAGCAACCGAGCAACAAUUGGGAGUGCAAUGCGUGCAUGUUGUCGAACAAGGAUGAGCAUAGCAAGUGCAUUGCAUGCGAGACGCCGCGCAAGACGAGCAGCAAUGCCUGCCCAGUAAGCAUCUCCAAUAUUGCGGGCAGCAACAGUGUUAGCAACAGUAGCAGCAGCUUUGCCAGCAGCAACAACAACAGCAACAACAGCUUUCCCAUGGGCUUUGGGGAUGCCUUCAAGCGUCCGUCCAAUAUGUGGGAAUGCAGCAGUUGCAUGAUCCUAAGUCCGGCUACUGUUAAGGAAUGUCCUGCCUGUCUGACACCAAAUCCCAAGAGCAACAGCAACGCUGCCAGCAGCACCACCAACAACAGCAGCAGCAGCUUUAAAUUUGGUUUUGCCAGUGCCGGAAAUGCUGAGCCGCCGAAACCAGAUGCUGGCUUCCAGCAACUGAUCAAGGCCCAAAAGUCGAGCACCUGGAGUUGUGAGGCCUGCAUGACGCAGAACGAUGUGAGCCGCAACAAAUGCAUUUGCUGUGAGCAACAGAAGCCGGGUGCUACGGCGGAAGCAGUCGGCACGGCAGCGGUGCCCAAGUUUAUGUUCGGUUUUCCAGCUAAAUCGACAGCAGCAGCAACAACACCAACAACAUCUGCUGCUGCAAUAAGCACGUCAGGCACAGCAACAAGUUUCGCACCAGCUACCUCGUCGUUCACAUUUGGUUUUGCAGCAGCWGCAGCAGCAACAGCUGGCAAGGAUGUGGCCGAUAGCAACAAGCCUCAAACAACAACAACAACAACGUCAGCACCAGCAGCAACAACGACGACAGCAACAACGGCAGCAGCAGCAGCAGCUACCAUCACAACAACAACAACAACUGCAAGCCUAAAUACCUUUAAAUUUGGCGCUCCAACAACAGCUGCUAAAACACUUGGCUUUACAUUUGGUGCUCCACCAGCACCAGCACCAGCAGCAACAGCAGCACCACAGCAGCAACAGUUGUCGUUAGCCGCGCCAAAAGCGAGCACUGCUUUAACAGCAACAAGCAGCAGCGGCCUAGGCUUGUUUACGGCAACAACUGUGACGGUGGCGCCAACAGCAACAACAACAACAGCAGCAGCAGUACCAAUAUUUGCAUUUGGCAGCAGCAUGAGUAGCACUGCAGCAACAACAUCAACAACAACAAGCGCAGCGGCAACCUCAAAGCCGGUUGCCAGCAAUUUGUUCAAUUUGGGCGGCUUUACGCCACUUGCUGUCGUCUCCAGCAGCAGCAGCAGCAGCAACAACAACAACAAUACCAGCAGCUUUAAACCAGCAACAACACCAAUGUUCACUUUCAACAUCGGCAGCAACAGCAGCUUUACCAGCUCGCCAACAUUUAAUUUUGGUGGUCCCAAGCCAACAGCAACAUCGUUAGCUACUGGCAACAAUACAGCAGCUGCGACAACAUCAACAGCAGCUACGCUGAGCAGCUUUGGUUGGCCCACAGCAGCAGCAACAACAUCGAAGGCAGCAACACCAUUUUCAGCCGCAACUCCUUUUGCCAAUAGUCCUGCCACAAGUGCUGGAGCAGCUGCACCGUUGCACAUUUUUGGCAGCGGCAGCGGCAUCAGCAACAAUCUGUUUGGCAGCAACACUGCAGCAACAAAAACCACAAAUGCUAUGCAACCGCCGUCGACCAGUUCACCAUUCGGGGCAGCAGCAACUGCAGGAGCUGGAUCAUCAACGGCUCAGCCAAAUGCGGGCAACGGACCCAUCUCCACACUCUUUGGCAAUGUGAACAGUCCGUUCAGUUCGAACACUGGCGGAUUAGCCAAUAGCAUCGGCACCAGCAGCAUCACCUCGCCGUUAACCAACAUAUUUGGGUCCGGCAACAACACUCAGAAACCAGCAACUGGAGCAGGAGCAACAUCAGCACCACCACCAACGGGAGCAACAGCACCAAAAAUGGCAUUUAAUUUCACUCCAGCCACUACGCCUGCAGGUGGCGUAUUCAAUUUCGGCUCGAAUGCCGCCGCCGCUGGCGCUGCUGGCGACAGCAGCGCGCUGCCAAAGCCAGCGUUCAACUUUACGGACGUUGCACCGCAGACGCCGGCAUUUAACUUCUCAGCGAAUACAGCAACUGCUGGUAAUGCGGGCAACCGCGAUUCAGUAAGAUCGGAACGACUUUUCCAGUUCGGGGCUACUGGGCCAUCAACGGAUGCUGGAGCAUCAUCCUCCAUGAUGCCAGCAACCAAUAAUCAAAUGUUCAAUUUUACCGCCACAGCGCAGCCCAUGCAGUCAACGCCAAGCGCCGCACCGUUCCAAUUUAAUGCCGGUUCGCCCGCGUCAUCUAAUAUAUUCGCUUUCAAUCCACCACCAAAUGCUGGCGGCCCCAUGCAGAAUCCUCGCCGGAAGAUGCGCGCCACGGCGCGUCGACUACCGCCUCGGUAGAAAUGGAAAUGGGCGCAGCAACAGUAGCAGCCGCCAACGCCAACGAUGACACCACGGGACAACAAUUGACAACAGUAGGACAGGGACGG